AUGCUUAGUAGCUCUGGUCUUUCAGCCUUAGCGGCCAGGAAUCCGAAUCUGGUUCACUUCAGGCACUUACCAUCCGCGCCGUACGUGUACACGGGAGUCGUGAGGGUGAGGCGUUGGUUCCGGUCCGAAUCAUCGCCUAGCCGUCGUCGCUUGCCGGCUUGCGUGGACCGAAGCUUCGUGGUGGAUGUUAAGAAAGAACGCCAAUGGCCAGCAGUGCAGUGGGUGUUGCUGCUGCUUCCAGAUGAGCAGGAUCGAGGCGUGACGUCCCGCGCUACUCGCACACUCCUCGUCCACUCCUCGUCACUUGUCUACACCCUUUUAAACGCUUGCACUGCCCGUCCGCGCGCCACUGCUCGCAAUCGAAUCUGUGCAGGCGAGAUCUAUCGUGCGCGCGACACGGUGACGGAGCGCCACGUGGCGCUGAAGGUGGAGAAGGAGGAGUCGGUGCUCAAGUGGGAGGUCUGGGUGCUCAAGCGCCUGCAAGGGUGCGGGGCGGUGUGCGAGUUCGUGCACGCGGGGCAGGCGGGGGGGCGCGUGUACGUGGCGAUGGAGCUGCUGGGGCCCAGCCUCUCCGACCUGCGCCGCUCCCACCCCCACGGCCGCUUCCCCGUCGCCACCCUCGUUCCCCUCGCCCUGCAGAUGCUGAGGGCGUUGAGGACGAUGCACGACCAUGGCUUCCUGCACCGCGAUGUCAAGCCUUCCAACUUCGCGAUGGGCGUGGGGCCACGGCAGCAGCAGUGCUUCGUGAUUGACUUUGGCAUCAGCAAGCGCUUCCGCUCCUCCCAUGGCGUGCACCCCGCACGCCAGCUCGCCGAGUUCCGUGGCUCCACCGCUUACGCGUCCGUGCACUCGCACCUGCUCAUGGACCUGGGGCGGAGGGACGACCUGUGGUCGCUCUUCUACGUGCUCGUGGAGUUCCUCGAUGGCGAGCUGCCCUGGCGCCACGUGCAGGAGAAGGAGAGGGUGAAGGAGAUGAAGCUGUAUUUCUUUGACCACCCGGAGCAGAUGACCAAGUCCGUUGCCUUCCCCGAAGAGCUCUCUGCGUUCGCGGAUCAUCUACAGGUGCUGCAGUAUGCGGACAAGCCAGACUACGCCUACCUACUCAACCUCCUCACUGCCUGGAACACCCGCUGUGGGGGCGCCUCCCCUCCCCAGGUCAGCAAUCGGCACCCUUCCUCUCCAUUAUCAGAUGAGCACCAUUUUUGUGUUCUGGUUGAUGCUUGA